AUGGAGCCGCAGGCCAAAUUUGUCCUAAUAACAGGAUGCAGUGACGGCGGGAUCGGGUCAGCUUUGGCUCAAGCAUUCCAUAACAGGGGUCUCCAUGUCUUUGCCACGGCGCGACAUACCUCUAAAAUGCAAAAUUUACGAGACCUUGCAAACAUGACUUUUCUGGAACUGGACGUAACUUCUACCGAAAGCAUUUCUUCAGCAUACAAGACAGUGGAGAAUGAAACGGGUGGCAAGCUACACUAUCUGGUCAACAAUUCCGGUGCAGGGUUCGUGAUGCCGCUCUUGGACUCCAAUAUCGAAAUGGGCCAACGCAUGUUUGAUGUCAAUGUCUGGGGUGUUGUACGUGUCACGCAGACUUUUGCGCCGCUGCUAGUUCAUGCCAAAGGGACAAUUGUGAACAAUAUAUCAACAGCUUCUUGCCUGGGGUUACCAUAUCAAGGCAUGUACUGCGGAUCCAAAGCUGCUACGCGGCUUAUGAGCGAAACAUUGGCGUUGGAAAUGAAGCCACUCGGUGUCAGGGUAGUCAUCGUGAUUACGGGUAACAUCCGAACGCAGUGGUUUUCCAAUUAUCCGAACUUCGAGUUACCAGAGGAGUCUUACUUCUCGUCCAUCUCGGAGAGGAUUGGUGUAUUUGCAAGGGGAGAUCAGGGCCACCCGCAAAUGGAAGCCAACAUAUAUGCAAGGAAAGUUGUGGGUGAUGUCCUCGGCGGUACAGAAGGAACUAUAUGGCGUGGUGCGCAGUCAACAAUUGUGAAGGUUGCUUUAGCUAUUAUACCCACAUGGCUGAUGAAUCAACUUGCUGUCAAAGGAACGGGACUGGAUACUAUGGAGAUAUAG